AUGAAGACGACGACAAGCGAGAGACGCGAGGCCUCGACCUCGACCUCGUGGUCGCUCCACCCCGUGCGGUUCAUGCAGCUGGCCCUGGCCGCCACCGUUCUCCUCUCCCUGUCCUACAUCUGGCAGUUCGCGAUGGAGAGCGUCGCGUCUCCAGCCACUGGAGUGGAAGUCGAAGCGACUGGCGCAAACAAAGCCACGGCGCAGCUCGUCCCGGCGGCAGACGGGGCUGUGGUCGUCCAGCGAGACCGGUCCCGUGCCCACACUCAGUACGUGGUACGGGGCUUCGAAGCUGCGCACAAGUUCGUGCGCGAGCACGACGUGGAGACCCAAGGGCCGCUGUUCCUGCUGUUCGUGAGUGACACGGGCGUUAACGGCACGUAUUGGUUCCAUCCCUGCCAAGUGGUCAAGGACGUCGUGGUCAAGAGCUUCGAGCGCGCGCCUCGUGGCUCCCGAUUGGUGGAAAUUCAAGUGGGCUCGCAGAGCUACUGGAACGAUAUGAUGAACCCAUUUCGCCAGAACCAGCUGUUUUACAUUGACUAUUUACCGACCCUGGUGCGGUAUGACGGCGGUGGCAAUUCGUCGGCGUUGCUUGCUGGACCCAAUUGUAUGAACCAAGACCUGCUUGAUGUGGUGUUCCGAGUGAGCGCACCAGCGGCAGGCGCUCCGCACAACAACCGCGUUGUGCACUGCAACGCGGCGGACCAGGUGAUGGAUUUCCUCGCUCUCUACGACUUUAGCUACCCGUUGUUUGUGUUUUUCGUAUCGGGCGUGCACAAUUUCAACAAUCGGCUGUGGUGUCCGUUCUGCGAUAAAGCUGAGGUGCCGGUUAUGCACUACUUUAACUAUACGGCGCCGGACAAUGCGGUGAUGCUGCGGAUUGUUGUAGCACGCACUCCGCAUCAGUGGUUUGAUGAAGCCAACGACUUUGUCGGUCCCGAGUUUGGCGACAAAGUGCUCGUGUUUGACGGCGUGCCCUAUUUGGGCUUUGUCGAUCGAAACCAGACCAACAACAAGGUCAAGCUGCGGGAGUUUGUGGAUGGCAUGGACGAGCAUCGAAAGUUGCAAGCGUUUUUCCGACAGAAAGCGCCAGUUGCACCUGUCGCCCCGGUAGCCAAACCACGUUUGUUCAAAUACAAGUAG